GUAACGCAGAACACCCUACCACGCGACCAUAGGGAGCGCGCCGGCGGCUUUGCCCUCGCCCUCGCCCUCUCUCGCCUUUCCCAUCUUCCUUCUUCGCUUGGCUUUAGACAGGCUGGGAGAAUCGCGCACUCCACCUUCCCCCUUGGUGCCCACGCACUCUCGCGCGCGCAUGCGCAGAAGGAGACCGCAGGGUGCGGGCGAGAGGGAAGGGCGGGCGUACGUCCUUGCGUGCGUCUCAGGCAGCGCGCACGCCGGCGUGAGAGGGCACGGGGAAAAGGUGGCUUUGGCCGGGGCGGUAGAGCUUCCUGUGGCUAUGUAACUGUGCUUGUCGCCUCGGGGUCCUCCUUCGCUGCUAUCGCCGCGUUUUAGCGCGGAGUUGCUGCUCGGGAGCAAGACCGUCCUCACCCUCACCGCGCUCCCUCGACGGCAGAGCUUGCUCUCUUGCCCGUGGGAGCGUCCCGGCCGAGCAGUCCUGAGGGGGGAGGGGAGGCCAUUUUGUCCCGACCGACUCCCCGGAACCGGGCGGAGCGGCUGGGAGAGGCUGCGGAGCUGCGGUCGCCGCCCUCGGAGGCACCGGACCUCGCCACCGUCGGGGCUUCCUCGACGAGGCCGUUCGCAGGUCUCCUACGUCCUCUCUAGUCUUCGUUUUUUUCCCACGCUUCCCCGGUCUUCCGGCCUGAAAACGCCGGAGUGAGGAGUUGGCGGUAGUGAGAGGGACCGAUCUCUUGGGGCCGCCGGCGGUGAGAGCCUGAGCCGCUCCUCCCAAUGGCGAAGAAGACGUACGACCUGCUUUUCAAGCUGCUCCUGAUCGGGGACUCGGGAGUGGGGAAGACCUGCGUCCUUUUUCGUUUUUCGGAUGAUGCCUUCAAUACCACCUUUAUUUCCACCAUAGGGAUAGACUUUAAGAUCAAAACAGUUGAAUUACAAGGAAAGAAGAUCAAGCUACAGAUAUGGGAUACAGCAGGCCAGGAGCGAUUUCACACCAUCACAACCUCCUACUACAGAGGAGCAAUGGGUAUUAUGCUAGUAUAUGACAUCACCAAUGGUAAAAGUUUUGAAAACAUCAGCAAAUGGCUUAGAAACAUAGAUGAGCAUGCCAAUGAAGAUGUGGAAAGAAUGUUACUAGGAAACAAGUGUGAUAUGGACGAUAAAAGAGUUGUACCUAAAGGAAAAGGAGAACAGAUUGCAAGGGAGCAUGGUAUUAGAUUUUUUGAGACUAGUGCAAAAGCAAAUAUAAACAUUGAAAAGGCGUUCCUCACAUUAGCUGAAGAUAUCCUUCGAAAGACCCCUGUAAAAGAGCCCAACAGUGAAAAUUUAGAUAUCAGCAGUGGAGGCGGCGUGACAGGCUGGAAGAGCAAAUGUUGCUGAGCAUCUUCCUGUUCCAUCAAAUGCCAUCCACCACCCCGUUUUCUCUUGCUGCAUAAUAAACCACUCUGUCCAUUUUUAACCCGAAACAGGUAUUUUGUUCCUCAUCUUAACUAUCCAGACCACCACUUUAUUUGUUCUUUCAUCUGUGACUGCUUGCUGACUUUAUUAUUUUCUUCAGACAAAAAAAUGUAUAGAAAAAUCAUGUUGUGACUUCAUUUUUAAAUGUACUUGCUAAGCUCACCACUGUAUUUCAGUUGUAUUAUAGUCUGGUUCUUAUCAACAUUAAAACCUAUAGCAAUCAUUUCAACUCUAUUCCGCAAAUUGUAUAAGAAUAAAAGUUAGAAUUAACAGUUUUAUUUUGUACAACAGUGGAAUUUUCUGUCAUGGAUAAUGUGCUUAAGUCCCUAUAAUCUAUAGACACGCGAGAUAGUGAAAGAAACAAACAAAGCCAGGAAAACACUCAUUUCGCCUUGCAUAUGUAAAUGGGGUUAAUUUUGUCCUGUGCCUUAUGUGGAAAGGAACUUCUUUGGUUUAUCCUUUUUUUGUUUUGGUGGAAGCAUGUGCAGGAGACAUAUCAUCCGAACAUAAACCAUUAAAAUGUUUGUGGUUUGCUUGGCUGUAAUUUUCAGAGUAGUUAACUGAGGACAAAGGAUAAUGCAGAAAUGAUAAUUUUGGCUUGCUGAGACAACAUUUUAAGUGGCCUUGAUAUUUAAAUUGUUCCUGCCCACCAUUUCUUCUCCUUGGCCACUUUUUCCUUGUUUCUCUUCUUCCUGCAUGCUGCUUUUUUUGCUUCUCCCUCUCCCCCCAACCCAUGGAAUGAGUUAUUUAAAAAUGAAAGGGGCAAACUAGUAGGUUUGUCAGAUUUAAUACAAAGCACUGAUUUAACUUGCUAAGUAAAUUGAAAGGUAAAUUCUAACUGCCUACUGUCAGAUGUCAGCUAUUUAGUGUCUUCCCCUCAUUUGUUCUCUCCCCUAAAACUUUUGUCUCCAGAUUCCUUCAUUUACUGUUUUCCGUCUGUGUUCUUCUCUUUCCCCUCCUGUCUGUCCAUGGAAUUUAUGAAAUGGAAGAGUUAAUUGCAUGCACUAGUGUUUGGAGGAUGUUGUGGUUUGUCUUUCUAAUUAGGUGUGUAGCCUAUUCACUUUCCUAGAAUUAAUCUCUUCAUCUGAAUUUGAGUAGUCUCCGUUUUGGUAACUCCUCUAGCAGUUUGGUAGCCCAGUAAAGGUUGUUUAAAGAAAGAAAGAAAAAAGACGGGAAAAGAGGAGUGGAAUUUAUUAACAUUUGCCAAAUGUAUUAAGAUUUGGCCUCUGAAGAACACUUUUUCAGUGUUAAGUUGUCUUUACCUUAAGAUUUAGAAACACUUUAGACUAUUAAUUUUAAGUCCUGUCUUCAUAUCUUUUUCGAAAAUUGUAUUACUGUGUAUUUGGAAAAAGGACAGCAAAAGGCUUUUCAUGUCAAGAUCAGAUUUCUGGCUUUCUCUAACCCUGCCCUUUUUUCCUUUAAUUUUUCUAGUUUUGCUUCAUUGCUUAUCAUUAGGAUAGGGUAAGUUAAGUUUGCUAUGCUGCUAGCAUCCUAACAUGAUACCUUUCUUGAAAUAAUUGUGAAUAGCAUGAUUCAUUUCUAGCAGAGGCUGAGUUUAGGACAGCAGCUUCCAUUGAAAAGUCUUUGUGUCGUGGAUAGCAUUUUAAUGCCCUCUUGGCUCACAUAAACAACAUAGGGACAUGUCUGUUAUGAAAAUCCAUGAGUUUUUCAGAUAGUGCCCUAAAAACAAUUUUAUAUGCCUCACUGGUGGGUGUUCUUAGGUUUUUCCCUCACUUGACUUUAUCAUUGUUUACUACUUAGGAAAAGCAGCAUUGCCAAAUAAUCCCUAAUUUUCCACUAAAAAUAAUACUGAAAUGAUGUUAAGCUUCUCAACAAGUUUUAGGUUGAACCUACUGUUGUUAGAUUAACUUUAAUGUAUUUGUUACUUCCCUCUAUCUGGAAUGUGGCAGUAGCUUUUUUAUUUUUAACUCUCUUUAAUCCUUGUUAAAUUUAGUGACUUAAGGUCUGAGAGCUAAACACUGGGAUUUUUGGGUAACAGACUGACAGUUUUGUUGUUCGCAUAACUAUAAUUGGCAUUGUACAUAGAAAGGAUAUGGCUACCUUUUGUUAAAUCUGCACUUUCUAAAUAUCAAAAAAGGGAAAUGGAGUAUAAAUCAAUUUUUGUAUAAUCUGUUUGAAACAUGAGUUUUAUUUGCUUAAUAUUAGGGCUUUGUCCCUUUUCUGUAAGUCUCUUGGGAUCCUGUGUAGAAGCUGUUACCAUUAAACACCAAACAGUUAAGUCCAUUCUCUGGUACUAGCUACAGAUUCGGUUUCAUAUUCUACUUAACAAUUUAAAUAAACUGAAAUAUUUCUAGAUGGUCUGCUUCUGUUCAUACAAAAACAAAACUUGAUUUCCAA